AUGAGGAUCUCAACUACUAUUUUCUUUACCUUCUUCGUUUCCAGCGGAUUCGCCUUAAGUGUUGACACCAGCAUCCUCGGCAGCAUUCGUCAGCGAGCCGAUCUCGAUAACCCAGCCGUUGAAGAACGAGCCUCUGCUGUCGCACCAAAAGACAUUCUGAACCCUAUAGUCAAGCCAAGAGAGUGCGAGGAGCCUGCCGAACCCGAGGAACCGAGCGAAGCAGAGCGCAAGAAAGGCGCAAAGAGACCGAAGAGGCCUGCCCGUCCCUGCUAA